AUGCUUGAAACCAGUCACUCACCGCGAGUCUUUCGCGGCGUUCAUUUCUGUCUCUUCGGUUUCGACCCUCUCACAGAAAGCAAGAUACGAUUCAAACUUGUGAAUGGCGGUGGAAUUGAUGCGGGGAAGAACAGUGGGAAUUGUACUCAUGUUAUUGUUGAUAACCUUGUUUAUGAUGAUCCCGUGUGUGUCGCUGCAAGAGAGGAUGGAAAGACGCUGGUUACGGCUUUGUGGGUUGACCACAGUGCUGAUAUUGGCACGCCUGUUGAUGCUACCUCGGUUAUGUACAGACCGCUUAAAGACUUGAAUGGAAUUCCUGGUGCAAAAAAUUUGUUUGUCUGCUUGACUGGUUAUCUACGCCAGGAUCGGGAAGACAUAAUGACUAUGGUUGGCUUGAUGGGUGCAUGGUUUUCUAAGCCAUUGGUGGCGAACAAGGUUACUCAUCUUGUAUGCUACAAAUUUGAAGGGGAAAAGUACGAGCUUGCAAAGAGAAUGGGCACAAUAAAGCUAGUUAAUCAUUGUUGGCUGGAAGAUUGCUUGAAGGAUUGGGUGCUUCUUCCUGAAGACAAAUAUAACAAGAGUGGUUUUGAAUUGGAGACAGUGGUGGAAGAGGCUAAGGAUUCUGAGGACGAGGCUGAAGAUUCCAAGCUGGGGCAAUUAGGGGGAAGAAAUAUAAGCAAAAGUCCCCCUGGGUUAAAAUUCGGUACAUCUGUGACUCAUGGACUGUCCAAAACUUUAAGAGAGGAGGCAUCAAAUGCCGUCCCAGAUUCUACUGGUCCACAGGUCUUGCCAAACGUCAAUAUUGGUGAAGAUCCUUCAACUACAAGAAAUAAGAAGAAUUCUGAUCAAGAUGCAGACUUGAAUAAUAUUGGUGACCUGAAGGCACAUGGCUUCCAGGAUGUAGGCAUUACUGGAAAUACAAGUUCAUCUGCUCAGCAACCUAAUCUGCGCGAUGACACUUUGGAGACCAAGAAGUUAAGUCACACAAGAUCAAAUUCUACAAAUGCUGAUGGACUUGGACAUUCGAAUGAAAAGCUUGGUGCUGCGAGUUAUUCUAGGAAGAAUCAAAAGGGGUUUACCUUUCAAAGGGUAUCAGACGAAUAUGAAGGUAGAGAAGGCAACAACCUUGAAACCCCUUCCACCAAGAUAGAAAGGGCAUGUGAGGGGAUCAAGUCUGGUUGUGUUGAAGGUUCUGGGAAAGAAUCUGCUGUUAUUCAAGAGGGUGAUGGAAAUAAUUUAUUGCCUCAAAAGAGGACAAAUGAAGCUGCUGCUUCUACCAAAUUAAAAUCAAGAAAGAUCACUGGUAAUGCAAAAUUGUCUAUUGAAAGGACACCGCUGAAAAAUGCUUCUGCCUCUAACUCAGUGGCAAUUAAUAAGCCUAUCUCAGGAAAUGCAGAGUCGGCUCAAUGUAAUAAUGCUUAUCUGAAUUCAGCACAAAAGGCUGUUCAGAGCUUAAGUAAGUCUAAAACUACUGGUGAGCCUGAUAUAACUGGUUUUGGAUUGGGACAAGGUGAUAACAAAGCAGAGGAACAUAAUAUCACUGCAAAGCUUGAUUUUUCAUCACCAGGAAAGAAGUCAAAGAAUGAAGGGUUUGCUGGUCUUGAUGAUUGGGGUUUAAGCAAUGAAGAAAACGAUAAGCUGGUUAGAAAGUCACCCCGCAAAAAAUCAACUGUCAAGAGAACUUUGGGUUCUAGACCCAGAAAAGGUGUUAGUGCUAAACUGAAGAGUUCAGUUUGCUUGAAUAAAACUAUGCAGCAAGAUGAAGGUGUAAGUUCUUCCAGUGGAAGCAAAGAAUUAGCAACUUCUGGUGCUAAGAAACGUCAGGCAUCACCCCCAGUCCUUGAUGUUAAUAAAUUGAUGGAGCAAAAAGUGGUCAGUGAACAUGCCGAAGAUGCUGGUGGCAGAACUGAUAUUUUGGAUGACGAAACAGAGGCUCCAGAUGACAAAUUUGAAUCUGAGUUGGGAAUGACUGCUGAUGAAGAAUUGGUUCCUCUUUCAAAAAAACUUGACACCUCAAUGGAAGAGAAGUUAGAAGCAGUUGAACCUGAUAAAAUAUGUGAAGAAGCAAUGCCUCCUCAAAAGUUCACAAACGAAACUGAAAAACAGAAACUACCUUCACUGUUAGACCCAACCUCAAAGUUAAAAGUAAAGCAUCAAGCACUAAAGCGUCCUGCUAGUAAAACCAAGAAACCUGCAGCUGCAAAGAAAAUAGCGAAAACUGUAGAGGCAGUAUCUGGGGAGAAGAUUCCUAAUGAGACAAGGGAUGAGGCAGAGAUUAAAAUCCUGCCUCAUCUAGAAGAGAAGCUUGAAGCAGCUGAACCCGAUAAAAAAUGUGAAGAAGCAGCGUCUCCUAAAAAAUUCACAAAUGAAACUGAAAAACAGGAACCGCCUUCAUUGUUAGACCCAACCUCAAAGUUAAAAGUAAAGCAUCAAGCAAUAAAGCGUCCUGCUAGUAAAACCAAGAAGCCCACAGCUGCAAAGAAAACAGCGGAAACUGUUGAGGUAGUAUCUGGGGAGAUGAUUCCUAAUGAGACAAGGGAUGAGGCAGAGAUGAAAAUCCUGAAAGAGAUGUCUGUACCUUCUGAUAUAAAAAGCCCUGCUAGUAAAACCAAGAAGACCACAGCUGCAAAGAAAAUAGCGAAAUCUGUAGAGGCAGUAUCUGGGGAGGAGAUGAUUCCUAAUGGGACAAGGGAUGAUGCAAAUAUAAGAAACCUGAAAGAAAUGUGUGUACCUUCUGAUAUGAGUGAGAACUCAAAUGCACCAAGAAAUAAGCCAGAGAAUUUUGUUGAAGAGGAGAAGGAGAAUAGACCAAAUAUCGGAGAACACGAUCUAGUGGAGGAAAGAAGUGUUGGAAAUCGAACUAUUAAAUCUAGUAUUAAGCCAGCAAAUAUAAAGUCUAAGAAAAUGAAGCACAGUUCAUCUAUACCAGAAUUUAAUGCAAGAGUAAGAACUGAAGCCACAUGUUUUAUAUUAAGUGGCCAUCGCCUACAAAGAAAGGAGUUUCAACAAGUAAUCAAGCGUUUGAAAGGAAGGGUUUGCCGUGAUUCUCAUAAUUGGUCUUAUCAGGCAACACACUUUAUUGCCCCAGAUCCUAUAAAGAGGACAGAGAAAUUUUUUGCUGCUGCUGCAUCAGGAAGGUGGAUUCUUAAAACUGAUUUCUUAACUGCCAGUAGCCAGGCAGGAAAAUUCAUACCAGAGGAGCCUUAUGAGUGGUACGAAAAAGGUUGCACUGACGAUGGUGCUAUCAAUAUGGAGGCUCCAAGAAAAUGGCGGCUGUUGAAAGAAAGAACUGGACAUGGUGCCUUUUAUGGGAUGCGCAUAGUUGUUCAUGGCAAUUGUUUUGUUCCACCUUUGGAUACUCUGAAGCGUGCGGUCAAAGCUGGAGACGGAACAAUAUUGGCAACAUCUCCUCCUUAUACUCGCUUCCUUGAUAGUGGGGUCGACUAUGCCAUAGUUAGCCCUGGCAUGCCAAGUGUUGAUUUGUGGGUCCAAGAGUUCUUAAAACAUGAGAUACCUUGUGUCUCAGCAGACUACUUAGUUUGGUAUGUCUGCAAGCCCGGGUCCUCCCUUGAUAGACAUGUACAGUAUGACACUCAUGUUUGGGCGGAUAGGUCAUUCGCAAAACUUCAAAUUAAGGCAGAAGAAAUUAUUGAAGAGGCCAUUCCUCCUAAGGAUUGCAAUGAUGGUGAAGAUGAUGAUCAUAAUGAUGAUGAUGAUGUAGCUUGCCAAGUAUGUGGCUCCCAAGAAAGAGGAGAUGUCAUGCUGAUUUGUGGUGAUGAAAGUGGAUCUGUUGGCUGUGGAGUGGGUACCCACAUUGAUUGCUGCAAUCCUCCGCUUACAGCUGUUCCUGAGGAAGAUUGGUUUUGCCCAGAAUGCAGUAGUGCCCAAAAAUUGUCAAAAAAUCCCAAGAAAAAGAAAAAAGGUGCAUUCUCUUCAUCAAAGACUAAGUGA